GGUGCGGACGAAUUCCUGGGCCGCUGCAUUUGCAAGCCCACCCUUGACCACACGCCGAGGCUGUCCUGGUGUCCCGUCAUGAAGGGCGGCCGGACGGCCGGGGAGCUGCUGGCCGCCUUCGAGCUGAUCCAGCGAGAGAAGUCUGCAGAUUCGGACCUGCCCUACCCUCCACCCCAGAGGGAGCCCAACAUCUACAUGGUCCCUCAAGGAAUCAAGCCGGUUCUCCAGCGAAUGGCCAUCGAGGUGUUGGCUUGGGGUCUUCGAAACCUGAAGAGCUACCAGUUGGCCAGUGUCACUUCUCCCAGUCUUCUCGUGGAGUGUGGUGGGGAGAUGGUCCAGUCAACCGUUAUCAAGAACCUCAAGAAGAACCCCAAUUUUGACAUCUCCGUUCUCUUCAUGGAAGUGCGUCUGCCAAGGGAGGACCUGUACUGCCCUCCCAUCAUUAUCAAAGUCAUUGACAACAGGCCCUUUGGUCGCAAACCGGUGGUGGGCCAGUGCACCAUCCGAUCCCUGCAAGGAUUCCUCUGCGACCCCUACAAAGAAGAGGACGUAUUUCCUGAAACCCACGCAGAGGACAUGAGCCUCACCCCAAAAGAUGAUGUUCUGAUUGACAUCGAUGACAGAGAACCUCUCCUCUCAAUCCAGGAAGAAGAGUUCAUUGACUGGUGGAGCAAAUUCUACGCCUCCACAGGGGAGCGAGAGAAAUGUGGCACCUAUUUGGAGAAAGGCUUCGACACCCUGAAGAUCUACGAGACAGAGCUGGAGAACGUCGAAGACUUUGGAGGCCUUUCGGAUUUCUGCCACACCUUUAAGUUGUCCCGCGGCAAAGCUCAGGAUGAUGGCGAAGACCCCACCAUUGUCGGCGAAUUCAAGGGCUCCUUCAAGAUCUACCCUCUGCCCGACGACCCCACGGUGCCGGUCCCUCCGCGCCAGUUCCACCAGCUUCCAGCCCGGGGCCCCCAGGAGUGUCUCCUGAGGGUUUACGUCAUCCGGGCCUUCGAUCUGCAGCCAAAGGAUUCCAAUGGAAAAUGUGACCCUUACGUGAAGAUUUCUGUGGGGAAGAAGUCCCUUAAUGACCAGGACAAUUACAUCCCCUGUACUCUGGAACCGGUCUUUGGAAAAUCUGGACCCAACCAGUGGAGAGACCAGCAGCGCCCGACGCAACUCCUCCAUCACUUCUCCUUGCAACACAGCGGCAAACCUCCUGUUUACAAGACUGACCAGAUCGUCUUUGGAGAUGAGGUGUUCCGCCUCUCGGAUCUAGAGGAGACCAAGCCCCCAAACCCCCACCUGGGUCCCGUGGAGGAGCGGCUUGCCCUGCACGUCCUGCAGAAGCAAGGCCUGGUCCCUGAGCACGUGGAGAUGAGGCCGCUGUACAGCUCUCUCCAGCCGGACAUUGAACAGGGCAAACUUCAGCUCUGGGUGGACCUGUUUCCAAAAUCGCUGGGGCCACCGGGGCCGCCGUUCAACGUGACCCCGCGGAGAGCCAAGAGGUUCUACUUGCGUUGCAUUGUCUGGAACGCCCAAGACGUCAUCCUGGAUGACCUCAGCAUCACCGGUCAGAAAAUGAGCGACAUCUACGUGAAAGGGUGGCUGGUUGGUUAUGAGGAGAACAAGCAGAAGACAGAUGUGCACUACAGGUCUCUUGGCGGUGAAGGCAACUUCAACUGGAGGUUCAUCUUCCCCUUUGAUUAUCUCCCUGCUGAGCAGGUCUGCUCUGUGGCGAAGAAGGAACAUUUCUGGAGCUUGGACAAGACAGAAAAUAAAGUCGCACCCCAGCUGGUCCUUCAAAUCUGGGACAACGACAAAUUCUCCUUCGAUGAUUACCUGGGCUCCAUCCACUUGGACCUCAACUGCAUGCCAAAACCGAGCAAGACCGCUGAAAAAUGCAACUUGGAUCUUCUGGAGACCCGGGAGAGAGACGUCUCGCUUUUUGAGCAGAAGACGGUCAAGGGAUGGUGGCCUUGCGUGGCCGAGCAGGAAGGCACCAAGAUCAUUGCG